AUGCAGAUGCUUGUCAAGUCGAGUCUCACCCUCGCCUCCGCGGCGCUCGCGUUGGCUGCGCCCUUCUCGUCGCAAUCCUAUGGGGAUGGGGACGCCUACGACUAUAUCGUCGUCGGCGGUGGUACUGCUGGUGUAGCCGUGGCCGCCCGCCUCAGCGAGGGACUCCCUGCCUCCAGCAUCCUCCUCAUCGAGGCCGGGCCCGCCGCCUGGGACGAGCCGAAAAUCAACGUCCCGGGCAUGAAGGGAUCGACGCUGGGGACUAAAUACGACUGGAACUUCACCACCGUGGCCCAGCCCCACGUCAACGGCCGGAUCUUCACCGUCAACCGCGGCAGGGUCCUCGGCGGCAGCUCCGCUCUCAACCUCAUGUCCUACGACAGGGCCGCCGUCGCCGAGUACGACAGCUGGGAGGCCCUGGGCAACCCGGGAUGGAACUGGGAGACGAUGAUCGCGGCCAUGAAGAAGUCCGAGACCUUCACCGGCAUCAACACGGACACGUACGGCUCCGAGGGCGUCGGCGACAGCGGCCCCGUCCAGGCCGUCGUCAACCGCAUCAUCCCCGAGCACCAGGACACGUGGAUCCCGACGAUGAACGCCCUGGGCGUCAAGACCAACCUGGAGUCCCUCGGCGGCAACCCGCUCGGUGUCAUGUACCAGCCCAGCAGCAUCGAUCCCGCCCACUACAACAGAUCUUACAGCGCCAACGCCUAUGUUCCCCUUGCCGGCUCUAACUUGUUCAUUCUUCCCGAUACCACGGUGGCCAAGAUCAACCUCGGGAGGGCGACCACCAACUCGACCCAGCAGCGGGCUACCGGCGUGACCCUGAAGGACGGUACCGUGAUCCAGGCCCGAAAGGAAGUCAUCCUCUCUGCCGGCUCCAUCCAGAGCCCGGGUCUUUUGGAGUUGUCCGGCAUCGGCCAGGCAUCGGUCCUCAACGCGUCCGGCAUCGAGCAGCUCAUCGACCUCCCCGGCGUCGGCGAGAACCUGCAAGACCACCUCCGGAUCCAGAGCUCGUACCAGCUGAAGCCCGAAUACCUCUCGUUCGACAUCCUCCGCAGCAACGCCACCUUCGCCGCCGAGCAGCUCGCCCUCUGGAACGCUGGCCAAGUCUCGCUGUACGACUACACCGGGUCCGGCUACACCUUCAGCACGUGGGCACAGGCGCUGGGCAACGACUCCCGCAUGGUUGCCCUCGCCAAGGAGGCCGCCGGCGAGGAUCCCAGCAUCGUCGACCAGAAGAAGCUGGAGUUCAUGUCCGACCCGUCCAUCCCACAACUCGAGGUCAUCUUCUCAGACGGCUACACGGGCGUCAGGGGCUACCCCGCGGCCACCUCGCCCCUCUUCGGCAAGGGCUUCUUCACCCUCAUCGCCGCCAUCAUGCACCCCAUGAGCCGCGGCUCGAUCCACAUCAACCCGGCCGACGCGGCCGGCAAGCCCAUCAUCAAUCCCAACUACCUCGGCCACGAGCACGACCUCGAAGCCGCCGUCCAGGCCAUCAAGUACUGCCGCCGUAUCGCCCAGACGGAGCCCAUGCGGUCCACGUGGGAGAGCGAGUACGAGCCGGGCCUGGACGCCGUGCAGACGGACGAGCAGUGGCGCCAGUUCGCGCUCAACACGACGCUGAGCAUCUUCCAUCCCGUUGGGACCUGCUCCAUGCUGCCGAGGAAGGACGGGGGCGUGGUGGACGCGGACCUGAAGGUCUACGGCACGGCCAACCUGCGCGUGGUCGAUGCGAGCGUGAUCCCGCUGCUCAUCUCCGCCCACGUCCAGACUGCCGUGUACGGCAUUGCCGAGAUUGCUGCCGAGCGCAUCAUUGCGGCUGCUGCCGCGUGA